CCUGCUCCUGAGGGUGUACUUCCGGUGCUCGGCGGAAGUGAUCAGAGUGUUUGGAGGUGACCGAAUGGCAGUAUCAGAGUUCGGAUUUCGGGUUUCUGUAAUAAAUUAAAGGUUAAACUCGGUUCCGGUCAGCGCGCGGGCCGCGGGGUUCGGUCAGCAUGGGGUCCCACCUGGUGCGGAGCUACAUCACGGAGCGGGAAGCGGCGCCGGACCCGCUGAAACCGAGCAAGUACGAGCCGGAGCUCGGCUUCAGUGCGGGGAGGACCGAGAGAGUUCCCGUGGCGACGCAGGAGCAGAUGAACCUGGCCAUGCUGCCGGUGGAGCAGCGAGAUUACUGCGCUCAUCACCUCCUCAAACUCAUGAAGUGCAAACGAGAUAACUUCCCCAACUUCCUCGCCUGCAAACACGAGAGACACGACUGGGACUACUGCCAACACCAGGAUUACGUGAUGAGGAUGAAGGAGUACGAGCGAGAGAGGAGACUGAACCUGAGGAAGAAGAGGCUCGAGGCUCAGGCAGCGUGAUCAUCCCUCCUUCAUCUCCUCCUCCUCUUUCUCUCUUCAUGUUCUUUCUUUUCUCUCUGUGUAAAAAUCUCUCAGUAAUAAAGAGUAAAUAAUAUAA